CCGUGCGCCUCGCAGGAGGCGGCGGCGCUUGGACAGGCUCAGGCUGCGUGCUCAGUGCGGCUCUUUUGCGGAGACUGUGGGUGGCUCUUAAAAGAGCCUUUGGUGUCAAGGGGCCCUUGGGGCGCACAGCCGUGGCCGGCCCGCCUCUGCGGCCUCACUUGCUCUUGGCCUUGUGGUGGCUCUCGGUCUUCUUGGGCAGCAGCACGGCCUGGAUGUUGGGCAGGACGCCGCCCUGCGCGAUGGUCACGCGGCCCAGCAGCUUGUUGAGCUCCUCGUCGUUGCGGAUGGCCAGCUGCAGGUGGCGCGGGAUGAUGCGCGUCUUCUUGUUGUCGCGGGCCGCGUUGCCCGCCAGCUCCAGGAUCUCGGCCGUCAGGUACUCCAGCACGGCCGCCAGGUACACCGGCGCGCCCGCCCCGACCCGCUCCGAGUAGUUGCCCUUGCGGAGGAGACGGUGCACGCGACCCACCGGGAACUGCAGCCCCGCCCGGGACGAGCGGGACUUGGCCUUGGCGCGCGCCUUGCCGCCCUGCUUGCCUCGGCCAGACAUCUCCGCGAGGGGCACGAAGAGAGAGGGAACCGGGAGAGAACGCCCACAGAAACCGCGCUGGCAGGCCCGCCGAGCGCUUAUAUCUGGUCCGGGGGUAGUGGCGCGGGCUUCCUCCCAUUGGACAGCGCCGGUCACCAAUCAGAAGCGCAGGCCGCCAUCCCCUGAUUUGCAUGCGCCUGUCCGGGGAUGACGUUAAGCAGCAUCCAAGCCUAUCAGGAACGAGCAGCUUUGGAUCCUUCAUUUGCAUACGGGAUGUAUAAAUGCCGGCUGCAGAGCUCUGCUCUUUUUGUUUGGAGAGGUUUGCGACCAUGCCUGAUCCGUCUAAGUCGGCCCCCGCGCCCAAGAAGGGCUCCAAGAAGGCCGUCACCAAGGCGCAGAAGAAGGACGGCAAGAAGCGCAAGCGCAGCCGCAAGGAGAGCUACUCCAUCUACGUGUACAAGGUGCUGAAGCAGGUGCACCCCGACACCGGCAUCUCGUCCAAGGCCAUGGGCAUCAUGAACUCGUUCGUCAACGACAUCUUUGAGCGCAUCGCCAGCGAGGCCUCCCGCCUGGCGCAUUACAACAAGCGCUCGACCAUCACGUCCCGCGAGGUGCAGACGGCCGUGCGCCUGCUGCUGCCCGGCGAGCUGGCCAAGCACGCGGUGUCCGAGGGCACCAAGGCCGUCACCAAGUACACCAGCUCCAAGUGAGGCGCACCGGCCACCCCGGAACACAAAGGCUCUUUUCAGAGCCACCCACACGAUCGGAAAAAGGGUUUCGAACACGGUGAAGGGUUGUCCUGUGAACCCGUUCGGUUCCGGGACCCCAGGUGGUUGUCCUGGGUCUGCGCGCGCC